AUGCUCGGUUUAUCGGUCGACACGCUUAAGGAACUGGGUGUAAACAAAAUACUACAGCCGAUGCUACAUUUUGUUUUAAAUCAACAGGCUGAUCCAAAUAUUGAAAACCAUAAAACAGGCAUCGAAAAUAUGAUAGCGGACAUCAAGGGUAACGACAUUGAUAUCAGCUUGGAUAAAUUUCAUGCACUACCAAAUGCAUACAGAGUUGAACAUAUUUUAAACGACACUAAACUCCCAUCAGUUAAGCUGACACAGCCGAAAUUUAUCGAAGAAACUCAAAAACUUUGUAAAGUUAUUAUAAAUUCGGCCACGUUAGGUUUUAAACGAAGCUCCGAAGGAAUGCUGUCUUCUUCAUUAUCAACAGCGACAUCAUCAUCUGCAGAAACAUCAAGAACAACACCUUACACCGAUCCGCCGAACUAA